UGGAGACCUAUCGGCGACCGACAUUACCGCUGCGAGUACGUUCUGCACUUGGAGAAACUCACGCGGCCGCCAACGGGAAGGCCCGCAGACGGGGAGGCAUGUGAAGCGAUGUCCGAGCAGGCACGCAGCCGCCGCCAGGUGUCCCGCCUACGCGGCAAGGCGACCACCGUGCGCCUGGAGCUGGACACAAAAACGGGAAUCCUGGAGCUGGGGGUGGCCGGGGCAUACCAGCGGAUCGCGUUUUGCAUUUUCCGUCUCUUUCUCGACCCAAUCUCGAGCCGGCUGAGUCGCGAGGCGCUCGAGCUGUACCACGAAACACACCGCGGAAGCAGCCUCUCGGCGCAGGAUUCUGACGCCCUGCCGUCGUGGGCGUUGUCGCAUCCGGUCGCGAUGUACUGACUGAAAAUAUGUUUGCGUCAGGCAGAUUUCGCGCAUAGUCAUCCCAAUUUUGCAUGACCCAUGAAGAUGUUCUUAAUGGGUGCCGCAAAAUUUUUACAGACUUCGUGAGGGCUUCCUGAUGGCUCCUUAUAUAUGCCGCAUGAGAAAUGGCCUCUCGUCGUGGCAAAAACUGGACUCCCGUGCCUGCCCACGCAAUGCAUAGCUCUGUAGAAUCCAAAGGCAGCGCCAGGGCCGCAAGUUGUAAUGUCCCAGACCCAGACAUGUUUUCCCUGGAUGCUAUGCGAAGUCCCUUCAACGAUCCGUACUGCAUUCUGGUGCCCGAUCACUGCGAAACGCUUGCAGAGGCGAUUGCACAGGCGCCGGCGGACGACCGGUACUUCCGAAUCGUGCUGCUUGAAGACCAAACUGUCAAGACGGGGAAAGCAAUUUUGAAGCCGCUGGAGAUCCGGGGCUCCCUGCUGAUCGAAGGCCGGCCCUUGGGAAAAGAGGCGCGGCGCUAUCGUAGGCGAAUGCAGGCGCGCAAUCCGAAGCAGUGCUUCCAGCGUGAGGACCAACUGCACGGCGCGGCGGUUUUGGAGGUAGGCCCUGGCUGUCUAUGCCUUGCAACAAGGUCUGGGUCUGGAGGGUUGCUUUGCACGUAAGGGCUUCCAAUAGGUCAAUGAGUCAUAAGUUUGAAUGUGUUUCAUAAUUAGCGCGCGCUAGAAGUGGCUUCGUCGCAUAGCCAACGCGUUGCGCCUUUCUGCAUGCGGAUCUUGAAGACAUGAGGCCUGUUGACGCCACCCGAGCGGUAUGCAGAUACAGGUGCAAGCUUUGCAACCACUUAGACACAAACUUGUUUUCCGUGGAUAGCCACUCCGCGUCUACAAUCGGCAAUGCCAAUUCCGCAGAAUCCUGUUCCGACCGCCUAGCGAAGCAGUAACAAAAUGGAGCGGCAGCACGAUGGCAGGCCAGACUGCAACCGCAAUGAUGGUUGUUGAGGGUGUGCAGGCACGAUCUGGACGGGUAGGCGUAUUGUACAAAGCCGGUGGGCCCAAGACAGGUGCUGCUGAUGCUAUCGCCCCCACAGCGGAAGAGCUUCUCGCCCUGAAGCUGGUCCCGAAUGCGUCCCUGUGCGUCCGUAAAUUACCUAGCGACGAGGCGAAUCCGCUUUGGGCUGAACGUGCGGGCAUUGUUUGUGGGAGCAGGAUUGUAGAGAAGCGAUGGCUACCUCCUAUGUCCCGCCGGGACGCACACGAUGCGCGAAAAGUCAAGGCCGUAGCGAUUGCGCCAGCUGGUACAUCGUGGGGCGCGGAGAACGGCGAGAACGCAAUCACAACUAUUGAAGCGGCGCAGGCUGGCCUCAAGGCUUUACUGAGCGACAAUCUUGGGAGCAAAAACACGACUCACGCGCUAUUUGCACCAAGAGCCAAAGCAUGCUGCACGGAGGUGGGUUUCGAACAGCCGGGGCCUUAUUUCACAGACUGCCGCUUCAACCUUUGUCGCCCCUCGGUCGCAGGCGUUGCCUGUGGGCCCUCGAUAGCGCCAGCGGUCUUUCUUCGCUGCAAAUUUUAUAGCGAUCGCGGCCUCGUGCCUCCGAGUACUGGCAGUACCAUUGGAAUUCAGUCAGUCAGUGGCUCCGUGUGCGUUUUGGGUUGCAAUUUUCACAACUUAUCUGCGGCGAUUGAAGUCGACCAAAUUCUAAGCGGUAGCUGGAUACACAUCGACUCAGAGACUUAUCAAUCCGGCGCAGUCGUGGACGAGGCGAACUGCACGGCGUUCGAGAAUGUCAGGCGUGCCGUCCACAUUUUACAAGGGAGCCGUAAAGGGGGAUUUUUGACCAGCGCGGCUGCUCCUCACCGACUGGAUAUCAGGUGUCUCAAUUCCUACUUUCGCGGUUGCGAGUACGGCCUGGCAGGGACGGUGUUCGAAAAAGGAGACCGCGUUCUCUUCAAGGAUAAUGUGUCAGAGUCGGGCAGAGUCGAAGUAUGUGGCGCGAUUGCAGAGUGUCCUCUGAUCCAGUUCGAAAAUACGAGAAGGAUUGGCUGACGAUUCCGCCUGGUACAAAAAGACGCCGUAAGAUGAAAGUGCGUGAAAGAGUAAGCGCAUGCACAUUCUCAUCGUCAUCGCGGUAGAGCAAUUCUCAUUCCAUUUGAAAAAUAGCACUGAUUUAUUUUGUCAAGUGCCUCUUACUUGGGCGAUCCUCGCUCAUCUACAACAUCGCAAUGAAUUCCGUAUGUGUCCGAAUGUACCUGUGUCCUCUGAAGCAAGUGAAUAAA